GCAAGGAUUUGCUCUCGACGAGGCUCUCUGUAUAGCAUUCAGCUGUUCCAUCUGACACCCUGCAAGUCUGGUCCGCGCUCCUGGGGCGACGUGAGCUUCCGCGACGCUAUACACAUUCUCGUAACGAAGGGCCAGGGAAGAAGAAAUACCAGUACUCGGAUCAGGGCGAAGAUGAAUUGUUCGCAAACUGGUCACAACGGAAGAAGAGAAGGGCUAUCAUCGAGCCAUCUGUGAUAGCAUCGACCAGUCAUGAACUUUUCCAUGGCAAUUACUACAUGUACGGCUGCCAGCGACCUCACGCGUCAUCCUGCCAAAUGCGGAUGAUCACAGAGAGCUGAGAACCCAGAGGUCGCAGUACUGGGUUGGAGCUCACACAUCUAUCAGUCUUAGAUUCUGUGACAGGUGGGUGGAUCUCGAGGCAAUCUGCAAGAGGGCGGCGUUCAUCGAGAGGAGCGUUGGCGUGUUCUUAUUGCUGGUCGUUUUCGUUAUCAUUGCCUUUUUUCCUCAAGGACGAAUGCUCGACGACUGGAUGAGGCUACCUUUACUUCACGAGGAAAGAACGCCGGUCGUGGUAUCACGAAGGAGGCAAUGGAUUUGGAAAGGAAUCGAAGGGAGCUGGGGAACGAGGUCGCAAACGCCGCAGAAGUGAGCAUCAAAGGCUUUGGCCUCUGAAGUCGACUGUGCGGAGACAUGGUCGCUCGAGACUGAACGACACGCAUCGAGUGCCUGUAGAAAGCUCGAGCAUAGCGUCGAAGUGAAGGUUUGCGAGAACUGCAAACAACUUCGCUUUUGUUGACACAUGCCGCCAUUACAUAUCAUCUCUCUGGCUUGACCACUAACUUGGUCACUAACUUAGUCACACUGGACUACAGACAGAUUUGCCACUAUGUCGGCAAGCUUCGCCUUCGAUAUCAAAUCCCCAUCAGGAUACAAUACCGAUCUCAAGAUCAAACUCGACCAUGAAGCCAACGGCUGGAAGAAGUGGCAGCAAUUCAGCCGUGACCUGAAAGAAGACUACCCAGACGAGAGCAAAGUCAGCUGGCAGAUCAUAAUGGAGAGCGUCAAUAACCACGACGAAUAUUCUCAUCACGCUUACUUGUCAGCAAGUGGCGUGGAGCAGAACAAGGUACCAAGGCUUCGUUUCGGCUGCCUACUCUAUUACCCUGGCCCAACACAAGCCAUCGGAAUAAUGCAAGAUCUCAGUAAGCGAGCGGUCAAACAUUUCGAUGUCGAAACGCUGUUGUAUACGGCUCCGGGUGUUCUACCGGCGCAGUUGUUGGAGGCGUUGGUCCAGACCAUGAAGACCAAAUGCGAAGGUUCCAGCAAGCAAAAUUGUGAAGAUUCUAGAGUACAGAUGCACAAGCUACACGUAGCUACCAAACAAGUUCUGAUGUUUGCUCUGAUAGCUCUUCUGAAGUAUGGGUCCGCGCUUUUGGCGUGCUUUUGGUCUGAACCUCACAUCGUGCCAAUCAUGAUUCUGGUCAUGAUUGCGUCCGAGAUUCUGAGUCUUCGCCUUCUCGUUGGGCGGGAUUCUUCCAGGAAGAAGGAUUGA